ACAAAAUCAAGAAACUGAGCCAAAGACAAAACCAACAAGAACGCAAAAAAACGUAACUGUGUAGUCUCGUUAGUUGAAUAAUUUGAAAUAUCUACUUUUCUCCAAUGCCUCAAUAACAAUAGUUCCGAAACGUAGUGAUUUGUCUUGCUAAGUGUGCCGGAAACUUUUAAUAUUUGAGAUCCUUCAUAGUGUUGUCAUGUGAAAUCUAGUUCGCUCAUAUCUCAAGUCAUGGCUAAUGGCUUUUCGACAGUGAGCGAUACUCUUUGGACCACCAGAACGUCAUUUUUUUCGAGUUUAGGAAAAUUAAAUCAAGUUUUGUUAAAAAAGUAGUAUCGCUCCUUUUCAAUUUCUGGAAAUUUAAUCUCUUCAAAAUGAAUAUCCUACCGAAGAAAAGAUGGCACGUCCGCACCAAAGACAAUAUCGCAAGAGUCCGAAGAGAUGAAGCUCAAGCAGCAGAAGAGGAAAGGGAGAAGUUAAGACGGAUCCAACUUGCUGAAAAAGAGGCUAGAAUUGAAUUUUUGAAGAAGAAAGCCAGAGCACAGUAUCAUCAUGAAGAAACCAAACUUGAGGAAGAGAAGGAAGUGAAAGUCACUGAUGGAACAAGUGAGCCAGAACAUGUGAAUUUUUUCAAAGAUAUUGAAGAAGGGUUGGUAAAAUUCACAGGGAAAAAUGCUGAACAUGAUAAAGAAAUUAAGGAAGAAAAAGAAAAGUAUGAAAAACAGAUUGGUUAUCUGACAUAUCUUGGUCAAGAUACAAACGAAGCAACGGGAAAAGUAUCAUGGUACAAUAAAGCACCAGACUCUCAUGAACAGUUAUCGAUAGAAGAUGCCAAUAAUGAGUGUAGUUUAAAGGCUAAGUUAUUCUUAGAUCCAUUAAAAUCAAUCAAAAUUUAUACCUCUCUAAUGUCAAAAAGCCUGCCCAAAGCCAAUUCUGUAAUCCCUCCAAGCACAAGCAGUAAUUUUUCUAAUACUAUCAGAGCCCCAUCGCUUAUACCUAGUGCUAAAUCUAUAAGCUCAAACUGUGUGGCAGUGAAAAGAAAUGAGAGCUCUAGAAGAGAAACAGGUAAAGCCAAACUGAAGAAAAGGAAAAAAUCAAAGCGCCGAGAUAGUGAUCGUGUAGAUAACAAAAGUAGUAGUCAUAGAAGUAGAUCUCAAUCUGAAAAAAGGCCUCAGCGAAUGGACGAUUCGUCUAGUGAACAUAGUAGUGUAUCUUUGACACAUAGCUCUCGUAAAAAAAAGAAGAAGCAUAAACAGAAUUCUCAUAACAGACAUAAAAGUAAGAAAAUUUGCAGCGCAUCAGGAUCAAAACGUAGUAAAUCUGAUUCAAAUGGUCUAUCAAAACGCAGGAAAAGUAAAAAAGUCUACAAAAAUAAAAGAUCUCAGAAAUCUGAUUCAAGUUCAAAUUCCGAUUCUGACUCAUCUGCGUCUCAUAGUUCCUCUUCUUCCUCUGAUAGUUCUAGCACUUCCUGUUCACUAAGUGAUUCCUCGACAAGUAGGGAAGGUAAAAAAAUUAAAAUUCAUCCAUCAAGUCAAGCAAGCGUGGAUGAACUGCGUGCUCAAAGGCUUAAGAGGGAGGCUGAGGAAAAGAUGAAGGCUCAAAAAUUGUUGGCAAGAUUAAGAGGUGAGGUGUUGCCAGAAGAUAAACCAAGCCAACCAGUGCUUCAGCAAAAGUAUAACUCUCAAUUUAAUCCUCACUUAGCUAAGCAAAAUUAUGCAGAUGAAAUUAAACGUUCCCGUCCAAAACGGUAAUCAAGUAUUCUAUCUCUGACAUAAACCAGCUACAAACUACAUCUUCCUACCUAAAAAUUAAUUCCCUGCGAGAUUUGGAGCUUUCAAGUGUCACAGAUCCCAGAUAAACUCAGUUGUCCCUUAAGAAGUUUGGAAGAUCAGAUUUUUUUUUUUUUUUUUUUGCUUGAAAAAUUUAGCAUAGCCUCUUCAAUUUUCAAGCAUUUUUUCUUACAUGGUUUAUGCCCAAUUUUUAAGUCUGUUUAUAUUCUUAAUUUUUGGGUUGGAAUAGGGGAACUGAUUGUGCAUUUCAAUCAGGUAAACAAGUUGUUUUGUUUCAAUGUGCAUUGAAACCCAGCCGUUAAAAAGCACCCAGAAAAUUAGGUGUUGCUAAGAUUCUUUGUUAGUAUAUUUUUUAAUGUUUAAAAACUAUGUUAUUAAUUUUUAUGUUUCGGUAACACUUUAUAAUCCUGAGUUAUUUUUCUUCUACCAUGCUUAGUUUUUGGAGCCAAAUACAUACAUAACAUUGUAUAAGAA